AUGCCCUCCAUCGAAAUGACGGAGGACGUCCGUCCUUCUUCCUCCCCCAAGACCCACGAAGAAACGAAAAUCGAGAAAGAUAGCAGCGAAUACUUCGAGAAGGUUGAGGAGGGCCCCUCGUCCUAUGCCGAGAUUGCCGCCGCCUCCCUAUCACAAUCACACAAAGACUAUCUUAUCCAGCGCCAUGGAACCCUAGAUUUGGAUCCGAUCCCCAGUCCGUCGGCCGCGGAUCCAUACAACUGGCCCCUGUGGAAGAAACUCUCCAACCUGAUCCUCGUUGCCUUCCAUGCCUGCAUGGCCACCUUCACAGCGUCCAUCAUCCCCGCCUACUCCAGUAUUGCAGAAGACUUCGGCGUAUCAAUGCAAAGAGCCAGUUACCUUACCUCACUACAGAUCGCUAUUCUAGGAGGUGCACCUUUGUUCUGGAAACCGCUCUCCAACCGCUACGGACGCCGACCAAUCUUUCUUCUAUCACUCAUUUGCAGUCUGGUGUGCAAUAUCGGCUGUGCGAAAAGCCCUGACUACGCAUCUUUGGCCGCGUGCAGAGCCCUUACGGCCUUUUUCAUUUCUCCUGCAGCGGCGAUCGGAAGCGCCGUCGUUACCGAGACAUUCUUCAAGAAGGAACGCGGCCGAUACCUUGGUGUCUGGACCUUGAUGGUGACGCUCGGUGUUCCAGUUGGGCCCUUGAUUUACGGCUUCAUCACAUAUAGAGUCGGCUGGCGGUGGAUGUUCUGGGUUUUGGCUAUCAUCAACGGCGUCCAAUUCGUCUUGUACCUCUUUUUCGGCCCUGAAACCCGAUAUGUGGGCGGCAGCGCAGAGGGUAUCUCCGAUUUCAAAGCGCAAUAUCUGUCUUUCCGGCGAAUCGACCCGACUCCCCUGACUUUCCGCGAGUUCCUUCAUCCUCUGUCUAUGGCCAAACGACCUAGUGUGAUGAUUCCCGCAUGCGCGUACGCCAUGGUUUUCUUGUUCGGCAGUGUCAUGAUCACGGUGGAAGUACCCCAACUCGUGCAGGUCAAGUUCGGACUCAACGCCGAACAGCUCGGACUCCAGUUCAUUGGUGUCAUUAUUGGUACAGUCUUGGGUGAACAGAUUGGGGGCACCAUGUCUGAUAUCUGGAUGAGCCGCCGGGCACGCAAGACUCAACACCGGCCUGAGCCCGAAUAUCGCCUCUGGCUCGGCUACCCCGGUGUCAUUUUGACCAUUGUGGGCGUGAUUGUCUUCUUGGUGACUAUUCAACAAGCCAAGGCAGACCACUGGAUUGUUUCUCCCCUGGUCGGCACCGCCAUUGCUGCCUUUGGUAAUCAGCUGGUGACGACUGUCAUGGUCACAUACGCCGUCGACUGCUACCCGGAGGAUUCAGGCAGUGUCGGUGUCUUCAUCACCUUCGUCCGUCAGAUGUGGGGCUUUAUCGGUCCAUUCUGGUUCCCCGACAUGUUUGACAACGUUGGAAUUGCCGCCAGCUCAGGAGUUGGAAGUGCCUUGAUGUUCCUUGUCAGCUUCUUGCCUAUAAUUGCGGUGCAGAUCUAUGGCAAGAAGUGGCGUCAGGCCGCUUAG